CACAGGGCUGGCUCCUCCAGGAUCUCUGCUGCUGCACGGCAACUGUCAAAACAUGUUUUCAUUGGCCUGAACUGAAGGCAGCUGCACGGCUUUAUCAGUUCAGCCUCAGCUCUCCUGCCAAAAAUGAUAGUUUGACUUUUUUCCUCUGCCGUCUUCACGCUGCCACUGAAGGGAUUACAAUCAAAAGAGGAUUACUGUCGGAGAGUCUCGCUGGAGUAAAACGGCUGAUAAGGAGAAGAUGGUAUCUGGAUCAGACAAACUGGUUCAUCUCGGAGGCAGUUUUUCCUCAGCCAGGCUCUUGUGGGGAGGAUCAGCUUCAGCUGGACUCUCCUCGACACUCACGGACAUCAGCAGCUCUUAAAGUCUUCAUCACUUCAGCCACUGUGACACUGCAAUGACCUCACUCGGGUGGUUAUCCUUGUUGCACUCCCUCCUUGUCCUACAAGUCCACUGGUCCGACCAGUUAGAGGACAACAAGAUCCCACCCAGUCUGUGUACUGGUCACCCUGGUAUCCCGGGCUCUCCUGGAGUUCAUGGCAGUGCUGGUCAGCCGGGAAGAGACGGGAGGGACGGGAGAGAUGCUGCUCCCGCCGAGAGGGGAGAGAAAGGGGAAAGGGGAGACUCAGGUGAGACAGGAGCACGAGGCCUGACCGGAGACAAAGGCGACCUAGGUGACAAGGGGGCGAGGGGCCAACAGGGCGAGUGCGCCGUGGCCCCCAAAUCCGCGUUCAGUGCCAAACUAUCUGAGGGCCACACUCUUCCCCUCACUGUGGGCGACGCUCUGUGCUUUGACAAGAUCCUACUGAAUGAACAGGGCGACUACAGCACUGAGACCGGACGCUUCACCUGCAAAGUCCCUGGAGUGUAUUACUUCAGCGUCCACGCCACCGUUUACCGGGCCAGCCUGCAGUUUGACCUGAUGAAGAACGGACACACGGUGGCAUCUUAUUUUCAGUAUUAUGGAAACUGGCCCAAACCGGGGUCACUGUCUGGCGGCUCCCUGCUCCACCUUGUCCCUGGCGACCAGGUGUGGGUCCAGAUGGCUCUGUCAGAGUACAACGGGUUUUACUCCAGCACCAAGACAGACAGCACCUUCACCGGCUUCCUGGUGUACUCCGAAUGGAAGAACUCGGCUGUGUUUGCAUGACAUGUGCUUAUGAACAAAACAAAGUCACUUUCCUCUGUGGGAAAUGAAUCACAACCCUUUUUAUAUGAUUCCUAAUUGAGAUGUUCUGGAUAAUGACAAGUGAAUUGGCUGAGAAGUGCCACAGCUGUAUUUGUGUAUGAAGUAAAGACAGACAAUGUGACUGGGAUGGCACAUACCGUACUGGUGAGGUGUGAGGUGCACACACUGAGCUCUGAUGUUUGUUCAGUGUCUGUUCUUCAGUUGCAGCUUUUAAAACGGCUGAGACACUUGAUUCUUCUACCAGAUGUUGGGACUUAUCCAACCAACUCCACGCCACAGAUUCAAACAGUCUUCAUGCUAGUAAUGCACGUUGUUCCUGCUCAGCGAACAUGAAACAUGAAUAAAUCAUAUUAGUUUUUGAAA